UAUUAUCCUUUCCCUUCACAUGUAAACACCAACUACACGUGAAUCCCUUCGGUUCGUCACAGGAGGACCGUCUCUGGGACGUAAUAUCGUAGUAAAAUGGACUCUUCACUAACAGAAGAAACCGAAACACCUAUCACACCUACAAUAAAGAAGAGGAAAUGUUUAAUUGGUGAUGUACAUCUGAAGCAAAAUGCAAAAGCAGAACCUUUAUUAGUGUCUUUCUCUAAUGGACGAGUGUUGGACAAUGCUAAUUUAAAUGGAACGUUGUACCAGAACAUUUCUUCAAGCAAGCGUCGCAUAAGGCAUAGAGUUUUUGUUGUUGAUACUCCAAAGAUGAGAUAUGCUGGAAAAAAUUUUGGUUUAACAGCUGGCAUGACCUCAAGGGAAUCAGUCUUCAUUGGAGUCCGGGACAAAAACACUGGAAAAAUGGAGCUUGUGGAAACAAGUUCGUUCUUACUUCAUCCAGUUCUUGAAGACAUCAAGUCAACAAACCAUCACCUGAAAGACUCCGUUCACUCUCUGACAUUUGAUGAAAAGCAAGAGCAGGUCGUAACUUCCUUUGGAACUAAGAAAGCUAAGCAGUAUGUCAAUAGACGCAAACAAUAUCAGGUAAACACAGAGGAUAUGGCACUUGCAAUAGACCAAGCUGCUUCUGCUGUUGAUUUGAAAUCUGAAGACUUGGAACAGGGUGUGGAGGAGAAGAAUCCCUUACUUUCUAUUUUACCAGAAUGUGAUAGAGAUGCUUUGAACAUUGAGGAUGUAUACAAGCUUGAAGUAAUUGCUCCAGACUACUUCCUUUGUAACUUCGAGAAAACUGCAAGACAUCUUUUGGCAGGGAAUGAUCCAGAUGAAAAUUGUACAUUACUCUUUAGAGAAUUAUUAGCCAGCGCCAAGCUAGAAGAGGAGGAAGAGAAACAACUACGACUGACUUGUGUUGCCCUGUAUGUGGAAGUCCUUCUUAAUUUCUUAAGGAUUAAAGAUAGAGAUCUGAAGAAUGCUCUCCAGGAUUGUCCAGCAAAAGUCCGCAACCACAUCUUUCAUAAAUACACGGAGUUGGUAAAUCAGAAAAGGAUUCGAAACCGUGAGGCAACAGAUCGAGCGAUGGUCUGCCUUCUGAUCCUGGCUUUCAUAGUAAAUAAAUAUCAACUGUCUGUGAGUGCAUUACUGCAGUCAAUAACCAUUGAUAGAAACAGGUUAGAGGUUGUGAUGAGGGUGAUAGGAGCUUCACACGUAUUGAAUGGCAUUUCAUACAAACUUCAGUUGCCUUUAGCUAGAGUGGCCAAGCAAUUUGUAGGGAAGAAACAUAAAAAAUAAGGAAACAUUAAAUCAAGUACCCUAUGGAUUUAUCACUUCUGUGAAUAGUUAGAGGUUUUUUAAUAUUGAAAAUUUAAAUUUUCAAUUCUAACCAGUGUUUUCAUUUCCCUUACCAAAAGUAUGCAAAUAGCAAAUAAAAUACAGUAGUAGUAGAUAUGCAUUAAGCAUUUUGUUUGUGUAAUAUAUUUGGUAUUGUAAAUGUACAGAGGGUAGUUUAAAGGAUUGAAAUAAAUAAAUGGGUAACCAUGCUCUUUAGUCUUUCAUAAAAUUACCAUAUCCUUAAUACAAAUAUAAUUGAUACGAGAUACUGCUUUAUUUCUGUUUGUAUAAGUAUUUGAUGAUAAAGAAAUAAUCAUGAAAAUAUUUACUCAAUAAUGUCAACAAAACAAAACAAAAAAAAAAAACAACAAAAAAAAGAAUAGUAGUCCAUUCUCGACACCCCUUGCCAGGAAAAGGUGUUCACUGUAGUAUUUUGUGGAAAGUCUCUGUACACUGAUAGCUCUGCAAGUGCUUAGCCACAAAGGAAUCAGACCUUGUAACCUCACCUAAUUUUACCCUUUUCCUUGAUUUUUUUUUUUUUUUCUUUCUCUCUCUCUCUCAUUCUCUAAUGCUAUCAAGAUCGAUGUGAUUUAUUUUAUUGUAGGCAUUAUGAUAAUUAUAGUGUUAUUAACAUCACUAACAGCAAUAUACUUGAAAAUACUUCGAAAAAGCAAGGAAAAGGGUAAACAGGUGAGUCAGAUACUACUCGUUACUGGCUCAUUGGUGACUUCAAGCUUGUGGAGCCAUCUGUGUGUAAAAAAAAAAAAAAAAAUCAUAAAUAAAACACACAGUGGGCAUGGCCUACACGUACAUGAUAUCCCCUGCGGCUUCAGGUUAAAAUACUGCGUGUACAGUCUUGCAUAUACAUAUCACAUAAACUAAAUGACAAUAUGCAUCACAGUAUAAAUAUUGAUUAGAACUCUUAUUUCAGUGUUAAAAGGGUCUUUAAACUUAACGGCAUGACAGUUAUUUGACAGUCAAAAGAGAGAAAAUAUAUGCAAUUGCAACUGAAAGCUGUAGUAGUGAUAAUGAAUCACCAUUGAGAGCAGUGCAAAAUGAAGGGAAAAGUACAUAUGAACUUUUAAAAUGACUUGCGUAGGAAGAUACAAAUAACUCUUGGUGAUGAGAAAAGAACAAAGAGCUUUUGUUGCAUUCAUUUUGAUAUUAUAAUUAUAAAAAAAUCUAUACCACCUAGCGAUACUUUAGUUCUAAGGAUGAAAAAGUAACCUCAUUUAAGGUUAUAACAUCUGUAAUAUUUCUUUGCACUUUAACAGAAAAAAAUAGCUAAAAUCAUACCUGUCCAAUAUGAAUAUAUUCUUUUGGUAAAAAGAAACCCAAAAAUAAAUAAAUAAUAAAAAUAACUGGAAAAAAAAAAAGACAGAAUACUAUAUCUGUCCUUAGUUUAUAUAAAUUAACUCAACUUAAUAAAUGGGAAAAUUAAAACUAUAAUACAGUUGUGAUGGAACAGGUUUGUUUCAGCUAUAGAUCUUGCCCCUGGAGGACUAUUAACAAUACAUCUAUAAACCAAAUAUCA